AUGUCAGAUGACAAAGAUGCCAUGGAUUUCGAUGUCGUAAUUGUAGGUGCAGGAAUUUCCGGCAUCAACUUUGCGUACAGGCUGCAACAAAGUCACCCCGACCUCAAGUAUUGCAUUCUAGAAGGUCGCCACGAGAUUGGCGGGACUUGGAGCUUGUUCAAAUAUCCAGGUAUCAGAUCCGACUCCGACCUCUUCACGUUUGGUUUUGCCUGGCGACCAUGGACAGCGAAGCAAUCCAUCGCCCAUGGCGACCUAAUACUCGACUACCUCAAAGAGUCUGCGGCGCAGGAAGGCAUAGACCAGAAGAUACGCUUCUCGCACCACGUCGAUCGGAUGAACUGGUCGAGCUCCUCCAACACAUGGAGUCUGUGCGUGUCCGUAAACGGGACCGACUCAAUUCUCGUCCGCACCCGACUCAUAUUCAUCUCCACAGGAUAUUACGACUACCAUACGCCGCUACAGGUCGAGAUCCCUGGAAUGGAAGACUUCAAAGGCACCGUGGUGCAUCCGCAAUUCUGGCCAUCUAAUCUCAAAUAUUCGUCCAAACGCGUCGUCAUCAUUGGCUCAGGCGCAACGGCCAUCACCCUCCUCCCAUCCCUGACGGAAAAGGCUGCGCAUGUGACAAUGCUUCAGCGAUCACCUGGAUACGUCAUGUCAAUUCCGCAGCGGGGCGCAUUUGAAGCCGUCACAACAAAGAUUCUACCUCGAAGGGUGGCGCAGUGGAUGAUCCGACUCCGGUGGACGCUCUUGUCAUUCAUGCUGGUCACCUUGUGUCAACGAUUUCCUAAGCCAGCGAGAAGAUACUUCUUGCGCGCAACGGCCAAGCAACUACCUCCAGAAAUGAGUGUAGACCCCGACUUCAUGCCGUCGUAUAACCCUUGGCAGCAACGAAUGUGCAUGUGUCCGGAUGGAGAUUUCUUUGCGUCGCUGCGCAGCGGCAAGAGCAGCAUCAAGACGGGAGUCAUUGAUAAAGUCACCGAGACCAGUAUUCGAUUGCGUUCCGGCGAAGAGCUCCACCCAGACAUUAUCGUCACCGCAACUGGGCUCAAGCUAAGGAUGGCAGGUGGGAUCGAAAUCUCCAUAGAUGGGGAGGCCUUUGACAUCUCCAGGCACUAUGCGUGGAACUCGGCCAUGAUAGAGGGUCUCCCAAACGCAGUAUUUGCGCUUGGCUACGUCGACGCCAGUUGGACUCUAGGCGCUGAUGCCACGGCCCAGUUGGCGAUGCGUCUGUUGAAACGCAUGAAACGCGAUGGCACUGCCGCAAUUGUGCCGCGGAUAUCGGCACAGGAGAAGGACCGAUUGAGGGACCGUCCGUUCUUAGCCCUGAGCUCGACGUAUGUCGAGCGUGGCAAGAAUGCUCUCCCGCGGGCCGGCAACGUGGCGCCGUGGCAGCCUCGAUCGUACUACUGGAAAGACUUGGCCACUGCAAAAUGGGGAAACAUCCAACGGGGACUGGAGUGGGUGCACGGUGGUCGUGUUACGCCGGGAGAGGACUGA